AAAAUUAAUAUUUAAUACUUGUAGAAAUGAAUUUUCAAUGAGUUGAAGAUGUUGUUUAAUUAAUGUAAGUAUAGUAAGAAAAUUGUUGGUUGCAAACCAUAUUCGCAAAUGACAUUACUAAUUUCAUUCACCAAGAACAUUAGCCUCCUUAAAUGCACCUUCCUUUUUCCAAUUCGCAGAUUCCAACACACCGAAUCACUCAUCACGACGAUCCAAACCUAGAACUAGAAGAUGGCAACGGAGAGAUUCCCUUCUCCGCCAUCCACAUCUCAAGAGGAAAACGCUCUUUUUCUGGAUAUACUUCAUGAGGCUCCUUUAUUUGCUCACCGCAAAGCUGCAAGGGUUGUUGGAAGCGUUUUCUAUUGCAUACUAUUGGCAGGUUAUGCUACUUUGGCUGUAGGAGCUCAAUGGAUAUUUCGUCCUGUGCAAGGAUUGAUAUCUCCUGUGCUAUGUAGUUGUGAUGUUCUUCUUUUGCUGUUGACAGGAAUCUUUCAACAAUAUCUGGUUUAUCAAGUGCAGAAGAUACGGUUGCAGGGCUAUUAUAGUUUCAGCCAGAAGUUGAAAUUUAUUGUUCGCAUACCCUUCGCCAUUACAGCUUAUGGAACUGCUGCUAUGCUACUUGUUAUAGUCUGGAAACCGUACACUGGUUUUCUGUCAAUCUCUGCAAUAUUGAGGAUUAUUAUGGUAGUCGAAGCAUUAUGUGCUGGAUGUUUUAUGAGCCUUUACAUUGGUUACAUACACCAGUAUAAUUCAUUGAACUCCCAUCCUGAUGUUCUGAAGUCCUUAUACUCACCCCUACAACCAUCAAGUUCUUUGGAGGGUCUAAGGUACCAUGAUGGUAGGCUCUCUGAUCAGCAAAUGGCUUUGUUGCAAUAUCAGCGUGAAAAUCUUCAUUUUUUGAGCGAGGAGAUUCUUCGAUUGCAAGAAUCUUUAAGCAAAUAUGAAAGAACUGAUGAUCGGAGCACGCCUCAGGUUGACCUUGCUCAUCUACUAGCAGCUCGUGAUCAGGAACUGCGUACAAUUUCUGCAGAGAUAACUCUUAGAAGGUGGGUUGGGCAGUUUAGUGAGAUGUAUAGCCCAAGCCUGAAAAUGAUGGCUAGUCUGGAACAUUCAAUGGACGCCAUUUAUCAUGAGAUUCUAUACAUUAUGAACCAAGUGCAAUCUGAACUAAGGCUUGCACGGUCCUUGAUUGCUGAAAGGGACUCCGAGGUCCAACGUGUCCGCACGACCAACAAUCAGUAUGUAGAAGAGAAUGAAAGACUCAGAGCUAUUUUAGGAGAAUGGAGCACCCGAGCUGCCAAGCUUGAGCGAGCAUUGGAAGCCGAACGGAUGUCAAAUCUUGAAUUACAAAGGAAGGUUUCAACGCAAAAAAAUCAAGCACAUAUGUCAGUAGAAGCAACUGAACAAGGAGCUUAAUUCACUAACUACGCAAAUGCAUAUAUGAUAUCCUCUGUUCAUGUGGACCUCGUUCUCAAUGUUAAAAGCAUGCAGUGAUCGAAUUUGUAUCCACAGCACCAUCACUGUUGUGUGGAGAUCCAAUGUACAUAUAUAUUAUUAGUUCCAAACAGGGUUUUAUUUUUGUGCUAAGAGAAUUCCAAAAUUAUCUAGUUUGAUUUAGGGUUUUGUUCUCUUGUAUGCUUGAUGUUUGCAUUUUUCUUGUUUAGUCUUUGGUCAUAAAGGAA